AUGCCAGACGACGCGAAUCUGCCAGAUGUCCAUGCCAAGCCGGCGGCCAAGGUGAGCACCUCGUCGGGCACGCCGCCGGCCGCGGCCACAGCCGCACCGUCGGCAGGGGGCAUGCUCAACCCGCUCGAGUACAUGACGGAGGACGAGGUGCUCGAAGACGCCGACGGCUUCGUCGCGGCCCACGGGCUGGGCGACGAGCACCGCGAGACGUUCCGGAAGGGCGCCCUGCUGGCCAAGGCGCACAACUGGCCCGCCGGCUUCGAGGCCAUCGACAGGCUCACGGCCGACGACAAGGCUGUGCUGCGGUACGAGGAGGCGCACAAGUGGUCGUCGGCCCCGCGCAAGCUGUACCUCUUGUGCGCGCUCUGCGCCGGAUGCGCCAUCGUCCAGGGCAUGGACCAGACCGUUAUCAACGGCGCGCAGUCAUUUUACUUUGACGAGUUCGGCAUCACCGACAAGCUCCUUCAGGGGCUCGUCAACGGCUCCCCUUACGCCGCGGCCGCCCUCGUCGGCUGCUGGCUCAACGCGCCGCUCAACAACCGCUGGGGCCGCCGGGGCACCAUCGCCUUCUCCUGCUUCCUGGCCUUCGCCACGGCGAUAUGGCAGGCCGUAGCCAUGACGUGGACGACGCUACUGGCGGGCCGCUUCGUUCUGGGCCUCGCCGUGGGUGCCAAGUCGGCCACGACGCCAGUUUACGCCGCCGAGUGCGCGCCCAAGACGAUCCGCGGCGCCCUCGUCAUGAUGUGGCAGAUGUGGACGGCCUUCGGCAUCAUGCUGGGCCUCGUAGUCUCCAUCGCCUUCCAGCACCUUGACUUCCUCGGCCGCAACUCGCAGUGGCGAUGGAUGAUUGGCGUCACCGCCAUCCCGCCCCUCAUCGUCGGCCUGCUCGUCUACUGCAUGCCCGAGAGCCCCCGCUGGUAUAUGGACAAGGGAAGGUAUCCCGAUGCAUUUCGGUCCAUGCGCAAGCUCCGCAAGAACGACAUGCUGGCCGCCCGCGACAUGUACCUGGCCCACAAGCUCCUGAGCGCCUCCGGGAGCGACCAGGCCAAGUCGGGCUGGGCGCUGUUCAAGGAGUUUUUCACCGUGCGCCGCAACCGUCGUGCCGCGCAAAGUGCUUGGUUUUGCAUGCUCAUGCAACAAUUCUGCGGUGUCAACGUCAUUGCGUACUAUAGCACCAAAAUCUUCGUCGACGCGGGCUACUCGCGCGAAAACGCCAUGCUCGUCUCGUUUGGCUGCGGCGUGUGUAACUUCCUGGGCGCCAUCCCCGCCAUCUUCACCAUCGACCGUUACGGACGACGACAGCUCCUAAUCUGGACCUUCCCUGCCAUGGCCUUUUUCCUCUUUUGGACGGGCUCGAGCUUCCUCAUCACAGAAACAAGCACGCGCCUCGCCUCGGUCGUGGCCAGCCUGUACUGCUUCAUGAUGCUCUACUCGCCGGGCAUGGGCCCCGUGCCCUUCACGUACAGCGCUGAGGCGUUCCCGCUGCACAUCCGCGCCGUGGGCAUGUCCUCGGCCACGUCCAUCACCUGGGCCUUCAACUUCCUCAUCAGCUUCACCUGGCCCGAGAUGAUGGAGAAGUUCUCCGCGGCCGGCGGCUUCUACUGGUACGCGUCGUGGAACAUCUUUGGCUUCGUCUUCACCUACUUCCUUUUGCCCGAGACCAAGAACCGCACGCUCGAGGAGCUUGACACCGUCUUUAGCGUGCGCAACCGCGACCACGUGCGCCACUACUGGCUCAAGUUGGAGCAGUACUGGGCGAGGAUGCUAGGCCGCGACGUUUUGCCGCUGCCGCCGCUGUACGGGGCGUUUGAUGCCAGGCCCGUGGAGAAGCGGACGCAGGCAGCGUGA